AUGCGUGAAUGUUCAACGGCAAUACAUAGACGUAAUUCCACGGACGACGCCCAGCUAGACAUAGUGUGUUCUGAUGCAUAUAUUUACGAGUUCGCCGAUGUAGAAACUACCGGUUUUUCCGGCCAUAUUGCAUGGACAGUUACAACAGAGGCGUUGGACUAUUACGGUUUCUUGCUGGUCUACCGGACAAAUUCCGCAACAACAACAACAACUGCUGCAAUAACAACAACAACAACAACAGCAACAACAACAACAGCCAAAACGACCACGACACCGGUACCUGAUACAACAACAACAAUAGAUCCUCCGCCAACGACCACGACGACAACAACAACAACAACCGCUCCUGAUACAACGACGACGACGACAACGACAACAACCGUUUCUGCUACCACAACGACUGACAGUCCGUGCUGCAAUGCUUCGCUUACGGCAACUGUAACCACUUCCUAUUUUACCACUGAAAAUUAUCCAAAUAAUUAUGACAGCAAUAUGAACUGUCAUAUACUGAUUACGUCACCAACGAACACGGCAAUUACUUUGACAUUCGUAGCUUUCCAGUUCGAAGCUGACACCAAUUGCACGCACGACUUCUUUUCUGUCUACGAUUACUCAACUGCAGAUAAAUAUACGUCCCUUAUUGGAACGUACUGUGGAACAAACGUACCAGACCCUGUUCAAAGUUCCAACAACGCGUUGUACAUUGUGAUAUACAGCGACAAUUCUACACAAAGAAGUGGAGCUAAUGUUGGAUACCUAUACACGGACAAUUCAACAGCAACAACAACAGCCACAACGACCACGACACCGGUACCUGAUACAACAACAACAACUGAUUCUCCUUCAACGAACACAUUAACAACAACAACAACAACCGCUCCUGAUAUAACAACGACGACGACGACAAAAACCGAUUCUGUUACCACAACGGCUGAUAGUCCGGGCUGCAAUGCUUCGCUUACGGCAACUGUAACCACUUCCUAUUUUACCACUGAAAAUUAUCCAAAUAAUUAUGACAGCAAUAUGAACUGUCAUAUACUGAUUACGUCACCAACGGACACGGCAAUUACUUUGACAUUCGUGGCCUUCCAGUUCGAAGCUGACACCAAUUGCACACACGACUAUAUUUCUGUCUACGAUUACUCAACUGCAGAUAAAUCUACGUCCCUUAUUGGAACGUACUGUGGAACAAACGUACCAGACCCUGUUCAAAGUUCCAACAAUGCGUUGUACAUUGUGAUAUACAGUGACAAUUCUACACAAAGAAGUGGAGCUAAUGUUGGAUACCUAUACACGGACAAUUCAGCAGCAGCAACAACAACAGUCGCAACGACCACGACACCGGCACCUGAUACAACAACAACAACAACAAAUCCUCCUUCAACUACCACACCAACAACAACAACAACCGCUCCUGAUACAACAACGACGACGACAACAACCGAUUCUGUUACCACAACGACUGAUAGUCCGAGCUGCAAUGCUUCGCUUACGGCAACUGCAACCACCUCUUAUUUUACCACUGAAAAUUAUCCAAAUAAUUAUGACAGCAAUAUGAACUGUCAUAUACUGAUUACGUCACCAACGGACACGGCAAUUACUUUGACAUUCAUGGCAUUCCAAUUCGAAGCUGACACGAAUUGCACACACGACUAUUUUUCUGUCUACGAUUACUCAACUGCAGAUAAAUCUACGUCCCUUAUUGGAACGUACUGUGGAACAAACGUACCAGAUCCUGUUCAUAGUUCCAACAAUGCGUUGUACAUUGUGAUAUACAGCGACAAUUCUACACAAAGAAGUGGAGCUAAUGUUGGAUACCUAUACACGGACAAUUCAGCAGCAACAACAACAGCCACAACGACCACGACACCGGCACCUGAUACAACAGCAACAACAGACCCUCCUUCAACGACCACACCAACAACAACAACCGCUCCUGAUACAACAACGACGACGACGACAACAACCAUUUCUGUUACCCCAACGACUGAUAGUCCAAGCUGCAAUGCUUCGCUUACGGCAACUGCUACCACUUCUUAUUUUACCACUAAAAAUUAUCCAAAUAAAUAUGACAGCAAUAUGAACUGUCAUAUACUGAUUACGUCACCAAUGGACACGGCAAUUACUUUGACAUUCGUGGCCUUCCAGUUCGAAGCUGACACCAAUUGCACACGCGACUACUUUUCUGUCUACGAUUACUCAAGUGCAAAUAAAUCUAUGUCACUUAUUGGAAUGUACUGUGGAACAAACGUACCAAGCACUGUUCUAAGUUCCAACAACGAGUUGUACAUUGUGAUAUACAGCGACAAUUCUACACAAAGAAGUGGAGCUAAUGUUGGAUACCUAUACACGAACAAUU